AUGGAGCUAGUAUUUCUGGGCACAGCUUCAGGCUAUCCUUCUCCUAUUAGAGGGGCUUCUGGAGUUGUUUUACGUGAUCUGACUGUUGGUUCACAGUGGUUAUUUGACUGCGGUGAAGGUGUACAAAUACAAGCACAAAAAUCAGCAUUCGUUCAUUUAGGGAAAAUAAACAACAUUUUUAUCUCUCAUCUUCAUGGAGAUCACAUGUUUGGUCUUCCAGGACUUUUAUGUACAAUUGACCAAAAAGGAAAAGCAGGUGAUAUAAUUGUAGAAAACACAAACGCACAAAGUGCUGAUGCAUCAGUCAAUAUUUAUGGACCGAAAGGACUUCGUAGAUUUGUUCGGCUUGCGCUUGCAUUAUCAAGAGCUACUUUAAGCUAUACUUAUGCUGUUCACGAAUUGGUUCUUGAAGAAAAACAUUGUCCGCCUAAUUGGCAGGACUGGGCAAGUCUGGAGGCCGACGAAACUCGAGAUCCACCUUUGAACUGUGAACGCCCUGGUCGAGAUAUUUAUGUCCAUGAUGACGGAUUUUGGUAUAAUAUUAUGAACAGUAAAAAUGGUGCGUCGAUUGUGCAUGCAAUGUCAAUAAAGCAUACUAUUCCUUCACUGGGCUGGUUAAUUAUAAGACCAACUCAUUCGCCUUCAUUAUGCGUUGAAACGGCUUUAAAAUUGGGUGUUCCUCAGGGUAUACUGUUUGGUAAAUUAAAACAAGGUCAAGCAGUGGUUGUAGAUGGCAAAACAAUCCAACCCGAAGAAGUUUUGAAACCUCCUAUAAGAGGUCAUCGUAUCGCAAUUAUGGGAGAUACGUAUGAUUCUUCUGAACUAUUACGUCUUAUGCAAGUUUUACAGAAUACAAAUCAAAUCCCUUCAAUAGUUUUAGAUACCCUUGUACAUGAAGCUACAUUAGAUGACAAUUUAUAUGAGAAUGCUUUGAGUAAAGGUCAUUCUGUGCCAAGUGUUGUAACCAAGUUGGCCAGUCAAUUAAAUGUUCGUCAGUUAAUUUUUACACACUUUAGUCAUAGAUAUAGUCGAAUUGAUCCUUCGGUUGAAAAUGCUGUAAAAGAUGGUUCUGGUGAACAACAACCGGAUUGCACUAAAAAGUUGAAAACUGACAAGAAAAGUAAACCUACUUUACAAAUUAUUUUAGAUCAAGCUAAAUCGACUGGUUUCAAUGGUGACAUCAUUUUGGCUGAUGAUCAGAUGGUAGUCAAAAUCCCACAAUUAUCUCAGCAAGACAUUACAACAAGUGUAUAA